ACAAACACACACAGACACACACACACACAGUAAAUGAGGAAGCGCUGUCUGUGCAUGAGGAAUGAGCCUCCUGCAUCUCAGCUCAUCUGACGUGUGUUUUCACCCUCAUGAUGGCGAGACUGAGCGAACACGGGAUCCGGCUGAGCUCUAUGAGCCCGUCGUACCUGGAGAGCAACUCCACCAGCCACACAUGGCCCUUCAGCGCGGUUGCAGAACUCAUCGAUAAUGCGUCUGACCCGGGCGUCACAGCCAAGAACAUCUGGAUUGAUGUUGUGACGGUCAGAGAUCAGCUGUGCCUCAGUUUCACGGACAAUGGCAGCGGUAUGACGCCCAGCAAACUGCACAAAAUGCUCAGUUUCGGGUUCACAGAGAAAGGCUCCAGUAAAAGCAGUCAUCAGCCCAUUGGUGUGUAUGGGAAUGGGUUUAAGUCUGGGUCGAUGCGUUUGGGUCGAGACGCUCUGAUCUUCACCAAGAACGGCGGCUGUCAGAGUGUCGGGAUGCUGUCGCAAAGCUUCUUACAGGCUAUUAAAGCCCAGGCUGUGAUCGUACCCAUCGCUCCGUUCAACCAGCAGACCAAUGCGCUGGUGGUUACGGAGGAUUCGGAGGCGAGUCUGAGAGCAAUCCUCAAAUACUCUUUAUUCCAGAGCGAGUCGGAGUUACAGGAGCAGCUGGACUCCAUACAGGGCAAGAAAGGCACCAAAAUACUCAUCUGGAACAUCCGCAGGAAUAAAGAUGAAAAGCCGGAGUUUGAUUUUGACAGCGAUGUUGAAGACAUCCGUCUGCCGGAGAUCUGCUCGGAGGACAUGCAGGGAAAGUGGAGGAGAGAUUAUUAUAAACAGCGCAGAGACACCAGCAGCACUCCUGAGAUGGAGUUUUCUCUCCGAGCGUAUCUCAGUAUCCUUUAUCUGAAGCCCAGGAUUCAGAUCAUUUUGAGACAGAGGAAAGUUCAGACCAAGCUUGUGGCCAAGAGUCUGUCCAUGAUAGAGAACGACGUCUAUAAACCGCAGUUCAUCAACGAGAGAGUGAAAAUAACAUUUGGAUUCAAUGGGAAAAAUAAGGAGCACUUUGGAAUUAUGAUGUACCAUAAAAACAGACUCAUAAAGGCCUAUGAGAAGGUCGGCUGCCAAAUUAAGUCAUCAGGUCAGAGGUCAGGGGUCGGCGUCAUCGGAGUGAUCGAAUGCAAUUUCCUCAAACCUGCUCACAAUAAGCAAGACUUUGAGUACACCAAAGAGUACAGACUCACAUUAGCUGCUCUCGGCCUCAAGCUGAAUGACUACUGGCGGGAAAAGAAGGAAAAGAAAGCGAAAGAGCGAGCGUUUCAGGCCUUGGAGAGAAAAAGCCAAGAAGGAGACACCGAGGAAACCGAGGAAGAGGAAGACGAUGAUGAAGAGGAAGAGGAAGCUGAUGUGACGUGGAUUCAGUGUGGGGAUUGUUUGAAAUGGAGAGGAGUCAACACGCUUCUGUUCGCUGGAAAUGUUCCUGACCUGUUCAGAUGCUCCAUGCACCCUGUACCACGCUUACGGAGCUGUUUGCUACCGGAGGACACAGAGGAGAACGCUGAAGUCAAAACACCCAGCUAUGAGAAAACGCUCAAAAAACAGGAACACGCUGCGGUGAAGAGAAGAGGAAGAUCUCUGGAGAUAAGCAGAAGCCCAGUGCGUUCUCUGUGUCGAGGACUGUCUGAUCCUUCAUCUGAUGGCAAACCUGAUGAAGUCAGUGUCACCACACAGACCGAAACACAGGACAGAGAGGAGGACGGAGUUAAAGAUGAGACUUCAGCCACACCCAGAAAAAGAAGAAAAGAAACAUGUUCUGAGAAGGCCAAUAAUUCUGCAAACCAUCCUGAAUCUCCAGCCAUCCCACCAGAGGUAGACACAGAAACACCAGAGAACACAGCUGAAGGAUUAGAGACGAGCAGCAGCACAUCAGCAUCUGCAGAUCCAGUGGUUCAGGAGGACAGCAGUGUUCAGCCGGAACCCGAGGUCCCUGCGGAGCCUCAGGCAUCUCUGGGGCCCCAGAUGCCACGGAUCCCCCCUCACCCACUGUCCCCGCACUCCUCCGUCAGCAUGGCCCAGACGGUGGUGGUGACUCCGCUGAGCCGCUCAGGGUUUCAGCCGGUGUCUCCUCUGCCAGUGGACGGAUCAGACCGUACCGCGCUCUUACAGAGACUUCAUCAGCUGGAGAGAGAAGCCAAGCGCCUCAAGAGGAUCCUGGGCAUCCGUGAAAUGGAGGUCACCAUGGUGACUGAGGCGGAGGGGGGCGUGGCUUCUGAUGUCCCCAAUACUGAGGAAAGACUUCAGUCGCAAAGUGUGGUGUCAUGUGAUCAAAACACAGACAGACUGAACACCACAUCACAUGAGUCCAGGAGAGAGGAGCUUUCUAUCUGCCAGAAAUCAGAAGAUCAGGCCAACAGCUCGUCCAUCAUCCAGCAAAAGGCAGAAUCGAGCCCUCGAGACGAGUUGUACUGGAGUAAGACUCUGGGUAAACUGGAGAAUGAGAACCGGGUGUUGUUGACUGAUCUGACAGAGCUCAGAGCCGAGAGAGAGCGGCUUAUGACCCAGCUGAGACUGGCAGAGAGAGUGGAUACCUGCAAUACCAGAGAGCAGAGCACCAACACACCCAACUACACCUAUAACAGUGUGACGCUGGAGAGGCUGCGGUCCAUCCGUCGCAAUGUGGUCUCAUUAUUGUCCUCCAUCCUGCCGAAUCUGGAUAUGCAGGGAAUCAGCUACGACACAAUCGAUGUAGACAGCAUCUUACAGCAGAUCAUACAAGCCAACAACCUGUGAUCCUUCAGCUGCAUUAUAAAGCCCAGCAACCACUGCCUCACACACCACAACAGAGCAACAAAUAACCGAACUCAUCUGAAGGCAGACGCCUGGAGCACGGAGAAACCCUUAAUUAAACUACACAAACACAUUCAGAACAUUGAUGAAACCUGACAGAGGUGCUGGAAAAAUCAUAUCCAUAUGCAUAGGGGAUUGGAUCUGGCAACAAACAUAAUCCUUGCAGACUCUUCAGUUCUGCAAGUGGAAAUACAUCAGUGAUCAUAUCAGAAGCAUCAAGGUUUCACACACACUUCAUCUGCAUAUGGGUCAAAGACGAAGAGUUUCAAGCACCAAGUCUUUAAAUGACAGCUCAUUACUAUGACUACUUACUGUAUACGUCCAGAAAUCUUUCAAGGGAAAAUAUUCAUUUGAAAUCUUUACAAUUUACUACGAUCCUUCAAACCAGUAGACUUUGCCUUUUUGAGUUUUUCAUAUAAAAUACAAACAUAUUUAUUGUUAUAUACGUUUCAAGUACGUCAGACUCAGAAUAAGCUUUUCAUUGCAUCUUUUAUAUAUAUAUAUAUAUAUAUAUAUAUAUAUAUAUAUAUAUAUAUAUAUAUAUAUUUUUUUUUUUUUUUCAAAUAUAUCUGAGCAUUCUCCCACAUUUUCACAAAAGUUGAAUGCAACUUUAUAGUAGACACCUGUGUUUUUUAGGCUUUUUAUGUGUAUAAACUCACUUUUAUAAUUAAUGCCAGCAAAUUCUCUUUGACCAAUUGCUUUUUGCGAUUGCAAUUUAUGUAUACUGCAUAUUUAAACUGCUUUAGAUACCAUUUAUUAGUAUUAUUUUUCUAGCAUUUUGACAGAAUUGCAUUUAUUUUUGGUUUCUUCAUUUCAUAAUAAAAGUCACUAGACUUUAUUUGUAAAAGGUUUCUUAGCACAUUUUGUCCUGACUAAUGCUGUUCACACCAGGCGCAGAAUGCGUGAAUAAAUUGCAAUAUUUGCACGUAAAUAGA